GCCAUUCCGAGGAGGCAAUGUAAGCAUUCGGGGACAAACGUUGACGACAGCAGCACAUUAAGGAGGAACAACUUGAAAUUACCAUUAAGACCGCAGAGGAGCGGGGGAGUGGAGUGGAGAGCGGGCAGCGGGAACAGGACCAGGAGUGGUGAGGAGUGGCAAGGAGAGAAGAGCUGUAGGGUAUGCGGUCGCUCAACAAGUCAACGGGCCUCCAGGGCGGCGAGGAAGAGGCUGGCCUCAAUGGCAACUCCAGCGACUCCAUCUAUUCCAUCAAGAACCAGUGGAUAACCGACUGGAGCCUCCGCAAGGAACGCGAGAAGCUGUGCAGUAUCCUGUUCAAGCGAGUCCUAACCCAUGCCGAAUGCAAACGCCUCCUGGAGGCAGCCAAGAUCUAUGGCGAGAGCAGUGACUUUAGCUCCUGGUCGGUGAACGAUCAACUGCAAUGGUACCGUAACUUCGAUGUGAACCACACCAACGUUCUGCUGGGUCUGAGGGAUAACUCCUCUGCUAGUGGAAGUUCCACCCUAGCGGAGUCAAAUGGCGACGCGGAAGUGCUUGGUCCUGUUCUGCCGCCCUUUGCCCUGUGGCAGACGAUCCUCAUUGCCAUCUGUCUGGCUAUCUGCAUUAUCCUGACGGUAGGCGGCAAUAUCCUGGUACUCCUAGCCUUCAUCGUGGACAGAAACAUCCGGCAGCCGAGUAACUACUUUAUUGCUUCGCUGGCAGCCACGGAUAUGCUGAUAGGAACCGUUUCAAUGCCCUUUUACACGAUAUACGUUUUAAAGGGCUACUGGGACCUGGGUCCAAUGCUGUGCGAACUGUGGCUAUCCGUGGACUAUACAGUGUGCCUGGUGUCCCAGUACACGGUGCUGCUGAUCACCAUCGAUCGCUACUGCUCCGUUAAGAUCGCGGCAAAGUACCGCAGCUGGAGAACGCGGACGCGGGUGAUCUACAUGGUAACAAUCACUUGGAUCAUACCUGCCCUGCUCUUUUUCAUCUCGAUUUUUGGUUGGGAGCACUUUACCGGCAAACGUGACCUUUUGCCCGGCCAGUGUGCUGUGCAGUUUCUCAAGGAUCCCAUUUUUAACACCGCCCUGAUUAUUGGCUACUACUGGACCACAUUGAUUGUGCUCUUCGUGCUCUACGCCGGAAUUUACAAGACGGCUUACGAUAUGCAGAAACGCAGUGAGGCGAAGCAGCGCAAGAUGCAGUCCAUGGUGGCCCUUAGUGCGGGAGCAAUGUCCGGAAUGGCAGGCCAUGCGGCCGGCAUAGGUGUGAUCGAGGAGAAGAUUCUGAAGACCAAGGUGGAGCUGGCCGGUGAUCAGACUGAUCUAGAUAGUGCCUGUACCACGGUGAUCAAGCGGCUAAGUGGUUCUGGCCAGGCCAAUCCCCUGGCCACGGCCACGGAGGAAGUGGAGAAGAUGACCCCGGAACAGCGAAGAGCCUCGGCGGCUAAGAUCCAGGAAGAGGCCAAGAAGCGAGAGGCUGCCGUGGAGGCAGAGAAGAGCGAGCGAUCCAGCAGUCCCGCCUUCGACUCCGACGAGGAGUCCUCGGUGAACCAGGCCCAGCAGCUGAUCACCCAGCAGAAGCUAAACAACAUGCGGAAGCGCUCAUCAAUCGGACUGGUGUUCGGUGCCCAGGCGGCUCUGCUGGCCACCCGGAGCAAAGGUAACUUGCAGAAGAGCACCACCAACUCCAAGUCCAUCGAGGCCAUGCACCAGUACCACCAACACCACCAGAACCAGCACCAGGGUGCCGGGUUGCAGCGGGCCCAAAGCAAGGAAGAGGUGCGCUCCGUGCACCAUCAGAAACAGCACCAUUACCACCAGAACCAGCACCCGGCAAACCCACCGCUGGACCGGCCCAAGCGCACCUCCUGCUCCACUUUGUCCCAAAUAGCCGAGCAUGAUCGCCUGGUCGACCUGACAACCCCUGGCCCAGUGCCUCCAGCUUCCAGCUCCUGUGACCCCCUGUCCCCCGUCGAUCUGGCGCCGAUCGAGGUGCCCAGCGACGAGGUGCAUCCGGGUCUGGUGCAGACCAUCCUGCCGCCUCCCGACGCCUUCCAGUGUCCCACCCCGCUGUCCGAGGACUACUCGGACCGUCCGUUCGGCAACAGUUCGGGGAACAGUGAGUUGGCCUUGACCUACGACCUGAUGACCAACUCGGAGCUACGAUACAUGGACGAGAGUUCCGCCAUGCUGGCCAGUGUUUCGGCGGCGGGGAAUGCCAGCAUCUCGCCAAACAACAGUGUACAGGGAAAACCAUCACCUGUCCUGCCUCCACCACCGCCCGCACGCAGAAAUCCUCCGGCGAAACAAAAUCCCGGUCAGAUCCUCAGCCAAACCCCCAGCCAAAACCAGAGUCCCAGCCAGAGCAUGAGCCUGAGCCUCAACCUGAAUCCGAAUCACAACCAGAGUCAGAAUCAGAGCCAGAGUUUCGAGGAGGCGGUGGCCAUUGAAAAACGUCUUCUCGUCUCGUACACAGGCAUCGAGGACUUUGCCAAGGUGAGGCGCGAGAGCUGCAUCGAGGCCAUUUGCCUGCUGGACGUGCCCGGGAAGCUUGUGGUGGACUGCCCGCACCGACGUGCCUCCAGUCCCAUGGAGACGAGCAGCAAGGAUGCCAUUCUGUACUCUCCAAUGCCGCCACCCCUGUCGCCCAAGGUAAAGACCCAGACGCCGACGCAGACGGGAACCCCGGCGACAGUUGCUCCACAGCUACCGCUGGAGCGGAUCGAGGAGCGGGAGACCUCGGAUAGCAAUACUAAUAAGAUGCCAUCCACGUCGGGCACCACCAGCAGUACGGGUGGUGGCUGCGGCGGCGGCAUCAGCGGAGGUGACACCACCAAGAGAGAACCCGAGGAGGAAGAUGCCCCCAUGGAGGAGAAGGGUCUGGCCGGCAGUCGUAACUCCAGCAAGCGAGCCUUCAUCCAUUCAAUAGGCAAGCACUUUAAGAGCAAGAAGGCCCUGCCCCUGAUCAUCGGAGUGGGCGGCCGACAGAAGUCAAAGUCGGAGAAUCGUGCCCGCAAAGCGUUUCGCACGAUCUCGUUCAUCCUGGGCUGUUUUGUGGCGUGCUGGACGCCCUACCACGUCCUGGCCCUGGUCGAGGGCUUCUGCAGGAAUCCGCCCUGCACCAACGAGCACCUGUACAUGUUCUCGUACUUUCUCUGCUACGCCAACAGCCCGAUGAACCCCUUCUGCUAUGCCCUGGCCAACCAGCAGUUUAAGAAGACCUUUACGCGCAUCCUCAAGGGGGAUCUGCACAUGACCUAAGCGUUGUUUAAGAGAGAUCUAGGAUGGUUGAGAUAGGCCGGUGGCUGAACCUAAGGAUCUCCCAAGGAAUCCUAUUUAGCAUUGCACUUUCUACGCGAGGACCAGGCCCUUGUGAGCCCCGAGAGCCUGGCGCCUUCAAUGAUCCUAACCCAGAAACCUCCCGCUAGGCCAAUAAGUUUUCUAUCAAAAGUGCUCCGCUAAAUGGAAUAAUUCUAGGUUCUCGGUCACCGGCAAAUCAAGUAGAACCGUAGGACACUCAUUGAAUUCAAAAUUUAAUCGGUGGGAGAGAGAAGAGUUAGGUAUUUGUAAGUAGCCAAAGGUAUGUGCUCUAGUUAGUAUCGUUCGUGGGGGGGGGUCUAUCAGUGGGAUACAUCUAGGUCUAGAAUGGCACUAAGCGGGGCGAAAUGUUUUAGACAAUAAAUAUUUUAAUGUUAAUAACCUAUCUAUGCUAAUCACACAAGAUAAAUAAAUAAUGAUAACAAAAUAUACCUUAAAUAGUGUAACCUAAGAAUAAACAAAUUAAACGAGACUAGAAGGCCCCGAAACAAUAACACUCAUUACAUAUCCCUGAAGAAUAU